CAUGGGACCCAGGCGUCCGGGAUGCUCAAUGUACCCGCUAUGGCGUGUUCCCCGGCCCGGCUGUGGGGCCCCCUCUGGGCCCUGCCCCUGCUGCUGCUCCUGGCACCCCACGGGGCCCUCGGCUUCUUCCCCAACUUCUGGUCCCGGGCCAUGGCCCUGGCCUGGGGCUCCGCCACCCACCAGGACCUGACGGAGGACGCCCUGCUCAACGCCACCCUGGAGCUCUUCCGGGACCUGCCGCCCCCCCGGGGCCGGCGCCUCGCCCUGGAGCAAUUCCAGGGCCGCCCCCUGCUGGCGGACGAGGUCUUCGCGGCCUAUUACGGCCCCGGGGCCUCGGCCCGGCGGUUCCGCGCCGCGCUGGUGGAGGUGGCCAACGCCAACGCGGGCCUGGACUUCCUGCCCUCGGCGCGGGACGACCCCGUGCUGCACUUCGACGCCGAGCGGCUGCGGCCGGCCGGCGCCUCCCUCCUGCGCGCCCGGCGCGAGGUGCUGCAGGCCCUGGGCGCCGAGCUCUACCCCCUGGCCCGCCAGCGCCUCGGCCAGCUGCUCCACUCCCUGCAGGAUUUCUACAGCCACAGUAACUGGGUCGAACUGGGCCACCGCGGGAUCCACCCGGACCUGCUGCAACCCGGCCGUGAGCUGGGCUCCAUCGCCGGAGCUGAUGUCCGGACCUGCUGCAGCUGCACCGGCUGGACGUGUGAGGGGAACCUCCUGGGGUCACUCCAGGAGCGCGGGUUGCUGACCAGUGGGUAUUUCGGCACUGAGCCGGAGAAACCGCCCGGGAAAUGCAGCCACGGGGGGCAGUUCGACAGCAGCCGCCUGCGGGACCCCCAAGGGGGGAUAAACAAGGACAGUUCAUCCCCCCUCUUCUCGCCCCACCAUUAUCUGCAUGGCCCAGCGGCUGGCCUGGCCCUUGAGGCCUCGGCCCGGUUCCUGCGAGACCUGCGGCGGGACCUGGCCCACGACAAGCGAUUCAUGAGGCUGCUGGACAUCAGCCCCACCGUGGGGCUCAGCUUCGUGCUGGACACCACGGGCAGCAUGGGUGAGGAGAUCGGCGCCGCCCGGCUCCAGGCCCGCAACAUCCUAACCCACCGGCUGGGGGGGCCUGAGGAGCCCGACUUCUACCUGCUCGUCCCCUUCCACGACCCUGGCUUUGGCCCCGUGCACAAGACGAGCGACGCUGACGAGUUCCUGAGGAUCCUCAAUUCGAUCAGCCCCCUGGCUGGGGGCGACGAGCCCGAGAUGUGUCUGUCGGCACUGCAGCUGGCCCUGCUGCAUUCGCCCCCCAUGUCCGAGAUCUUCGUCUUCACGGACGCCUCAGCGAAGGACGCCCACCUCCGGAACAGCGUGGAGGCCCUGAUCCAGGAGCGCAGGUGCAAGGUGACUUUCCUGAUCACGGAGGACCCCUCCAGGACGCGGGUGAGGCGGGAGGUGCUGGCCACUGACCGCUUUGACCUGUACGUAGACCUGGCCCGUAGCUCCGGGGGCCAGGUCAUCUUCACCGACAACGCCAACAUCCGGCAAGUGGCGGGCAUCAUCGGCGAGACCACUGCUUCCUCGGUGACCCUGUUCCAGUUCAAGAAGGGGGGCAGCUUGGGCCCUGGGGGGCUGGGCCGGAGGGGGCGGAAGAAGCGGGCCGCCUGGGAGAGCCACCACUUUUGGAUCGACAGCCGGGUGGACAGGGCCGUCGUGACCAUCCAGGGGGACGUCAGCGCCUUCCGGCUCUGGGACCCCACCGGGACCUCCCAGACCUCGGACACCGCCAACGGUCCCCUGGGCACCGGCCGGCGACUCGGGACUUUCCAUCGGCUCGAGCUGUCGCCCCGGCCGCCUGUCGGCCGCUGGACCCUGGAGGUGCAGGUGCAGGGCAACUAUUCGGUGCACGUGCGAGGCAACAGCUCGCUGGAUUUCCUGUAUUACUUUGCUGUCCCGGCCGAGGGGCCCCACCCCGGCCUCUUCAAGCUGGACAGUCGCCCCGUGAGAGGGCUGCCGCUGUCGUUGGUCCUGGCCGUGACGGGGCUGACCCGGCCGGGUGCGGGCUCGGUCCGGAUGGAGGCGGUGGAGCUGGCGGACCCCAUCACGGGCCGGCGGCUGGGGGGGGAGCUGCCGCUCCGGGAAGUGGCUAACGGGACAGGGCUUUUUGCUGCGGCCCUGCCCCCAGUCCUGCCCCGGGGGGGCUUUGCACUGAUCCUGAGAGGGUCUGACAGCCGGGGCCGCCGCGUGGAGAGACCAGCCCCCCAGGUCACCUCGGCCGUGGGGUUCCUGCUGCAGCUGAGCAGCGCCGGGCCCCUGUUCCCGGGGCAGACGGGCACCGUGGCCUGGUGGGUCUGGAGCCCCGAGGAGCCCCAGGAGCUGGGCCUGGCCGUGAGCAGCGACCCCAGCUACCCCGUCAGCACCUCCAGCCCACGGCUGCGGCUGGGCAGGAACCAGACGGCGACGGGCGUCAUCUCGCUGCGGGUGCCCGGCAGCGCCACCCCCGGUUCGGCCGUCACCGUCACCCUCCGCGCCGACCCCCUUUCCCCGGCCGGGGACGCCAACUUCGCCUUCAUCCAGCUCCUGGUGAUGCCCCGGCCGCCGGUGCCGAAUCGCGCCUCUCCUCCCUGCAACGCCACCUCGGUGGCUGGCACCUGCGGCCCGCCAGGCUCCCCCUGCCGCGAGCGCCGCUGGACGGCCAGGCUGCGGAUCUGGGACGGGGCCGGCAUCCGGUCGGUGCUGGCAGGGGGCGUGGCCCUGCCCCACUGGGCCGACGGGGCGGCGGCGACGGCCACCUACUCCUCUGACUGCUGCACCCGGGAGGCGGAGCUUCUGGUGACCAACCGGCUCGGGCAGGAGUAUCGGUGCCCGGUGGCGGCGCCUCCUGCUGGCACCGCGGGGGACCUGGCUGUCGCCCCCUGGUGGUGGAUGGCAGCACUGGCCGUUCAUGUGGCCUUCCAUGUUGGGCUGGGACACUGAUGCGACAGGGCGCCCCCUAGUGGUGGGAGGGGGAGCUAUGGUACAGCGUCCAGUCCUGCUAUGGCACCCUCCAGUGGAGACAAGUGGUACUGCACCGGGCUGGGAUGCUCUUGCUAUUGGAUGCCCUCUAGUGGGGAACUGCGGUAGAGCAUCCAGGUCAGCUCUCUUCUGCAGCUGCACUGGGGGCUGCUGGGGGAAAAGGGACUGGUGACCCUGUGGCUCUAACACUGUGCAGUGAGUGCGUGUGGGGUGGGGGGGUGGGACUCAGGGUUCAUACCUUGACACCCUUGGGUGGGGAACCCAGGACCGGGCUGUUUGAGAUGCUUUUCUGAGCCGGCACUAAAAAUACAAAUAAUUUCCAGCAAAAAAUAUAUUUUCCCCCAACUUUGGGGGACUAAUGUUACGCCCCCGACUCCGCAGCACCAGCGCUCCCCGUGAGGCAUGGCGAGAGCUCCUGGAGGUCGGGGCCUCUCAGCCGCAGCGGCAGGAUUCGAACUCAGAACCUCCUGGGUGCCCACCCGCUUGGACGUUCUCCUAGACCACAGAGCACAGAACGGCCCGGCUGCCUUGUGUUAACGCACAGCGCUGAGUAUCAGGACUCCUGGAGUCCAUUCCUGCCUCUGCUGGGCAAGUCCCUUUCCCAGUCUGUGCCUCAGUUUCCCAUGCCACUCCUUGGUCUGUCUAGUGUGUAAGCACUUCAAGGCUGAAACUAUCCAGUGUCUGUAUGCAGACCUAGUGCAACUGGUGCCCUGAUCUCGGUCAGGAGGGGUGUGUGCAGUGCAUGGGGCCCCGAUCUUAGUUGGGGAGGGUGAGGUCUGCAGUGCCCAGCGUGAUGGGGCUGUGAUCUCUAUUCUGCCUUUCAAUGCUGCCCAGUGAUCGUCCCGAGAAGCCUUUUAAAUUUCGUCUCCUAAUGGUUGGAAGAGUUGUGGCUGAUCUGUAUAUUUUUGGCUAAUUAUUUCCAUUCAGUGAAUUAUUUUUGGAUCAUAUUUGUUUCCAGUGAUUCUGGUAUUUCUGGGUUAUGAUUUUAAAUUGGGUUUAUUGUUUGGGUGUUUGUGCAAAUGUUUUAUUGGUUAAAAAUACCACUGUUUUUUUAAUUAACCUGCUGUUAAUAAAGAAAAUUGAUAAAGCCGCAGAA